AGAGAGAGAGAGAUACAGAGAGAGAGAGAGACAGAGAGUGAGAGAGAGAGACACACCUCUCACACCUCUGUAUCCUCUCAUACACACACACAGUGAAAAGAAGACAAGGACACGUAGGCUUAAUCUGUGUGGACCUCCUCUCAUCCAUGCUGUCCUCCCCCUCAGUCUCCCUCCUCUCUCACACACUCAGCAGUAUGAUUUUCUUCACAGCACCUUUUGACUGCUGUUAAUUGCAGCAACAAGAGACGAGGAGUGAAUCUGUGUUCUAAUCUCAAACAGUAAUUCAACCAAACUCAACACCAAGAAUGAAGAAAGAACAAAUGUGACGACAUCUCAGAAGAGUAAAAACAAUCCACUACAGGUCCUCUUCCAAACAGUGGACUGACUCAGAGAGCACCAUUGGACUGACUCAGAGAGCACCAUCGGACUGACUCAGAGAGCACCAUUGAACUGACUCAGAGAGCACCAUUGGGCUGACUCAGAGAGCACCUCCAGGGACUUUUAGACAAAACCGAGAAGUGCAGGACCACUAAAGCCCACGAGAGACAAAGAAACUAGAGACACAUACAGCUGACUGAAGACUGGAGCAAGAUACUAGAGACACAUACAGCCCAGUGAAGACUGGAGCAAGACACUAGAGACACAUACAGCCCAGUGAAGACUGGAGCAAGAUACUAGAGACACAUACAGCCCAGUGAAGACUGGAGCAAGAUACUAGAGACACAUACAGCCCCGUAAAGACUGGAGCAAGAAACUAGAGACACAUACAGCCCCGUAAAGACUGGCGCAAGACACUAGAGACACAUACAGCCCCGUAAAGACUGGUGCAAGGCAGGGAAAUCAGCCCCAGUAGCCCACCACUACUUCCACCAGUACAACCAACGCCAGUACAGCCACUGCCAUGCAGGUGUCGUUUGCAUGUUCUGACCAGGGGAGGAAGAGGAGGGCUGAGGCCCCGGGGAAUGGAGGUCACAGCAAGCAGAACGCCACCAGCCCCAACACGGCCAGCCAGGCGCGGGCACGCUUCCGUACAGUGGCCCUCAUCGCCCGCAGCCUGGGCUCCUUGACCCACCGCUACCAGCACAACCUUAAGGAGUCCACUGCCAAGCUCACUGGCAUGAAGUACCGGAACCUGGGAAAAUCAGGCUUGCGUGUAUCCUGUUUGGGCCUCGGUACUUGGGUAACGUUUGGAGGUCAGAUUUCAGAUGAGGUGGCUGAGCAGCUGAUGACCAUAGCAUAUGAGAAUGGGGUCAAUCUCUUUGACACAGCCGAAGUUUAUGCCGGGGGGAAAGCUGAGAUAAUCCUGGGGAACAUCAUCAAGAAGAAGUGCUGGAGGAGAUCCAGUCUGGUGAUCACCACCAAGCUCUACUGGGGUGGAAAAGCCGAAACCGAGAGAGGACUCAACAGGAAGCACAUCAUUGAAGGUCUGAGGAGCUCCCUACAGAGGAUGCAGCUGGAGUACGUGGAUGUUGUGUUUGCAAACCGGCCCGACAGCAACACUCCCAUGGAGGAGAUUGUGAGGGCGAUGACCCAUUUGAUCAACAAUGGCAUGUCCAUGUACUGGGGGACAUCACGAUGGUCUGCCAUGGAGAUUAUGGAAGCGUACUCGGUUGCACGGCAGUUUAACCUGAUCCCUCCGGUGUGUGAGCAGGCUGAGUACCACUUCUUCCAGAGGGACAAGGUGGAGACACAGCUACCUGAGCUCUACCAUAAGAUAGGUGUGGGUGUGGUCUCCUGGUCACCUCUAGCCUGUGGAAUCAUCACUGGGAAGUAUGAGAAUGGCAUCCCAGAAUGCUCCAGGGCCUCCAUGAAGCCGUACGCCUGGUUAAAGGAUAAGAUAGUGAGCGAAGAAGGGAGGAAACAACAGGCCAAGCUGAAGGAGCUCACUACCAUCUCUGAAAAGCUGGGCUGCACUCUGCCACAAUUAGCUAUCGCCUGGUGUCUGAGAAAUGAAGGAGUGAGCUCAGUGCUGCUGGGAACAUCCAACCCCAUCCAGCUUGCAGAGAAUCUGAGGGCCAUGGAGGUCAUUCCAAAGAUGACAGCAGGCAUUGCCACAGAGAUUGACCACGUCUUGGGAAACCAACCCCACAGGAAGAAGGACUUCCAACAAGCACAUUAGGAUGGAGCCAUUCUUCAGAACUGUGACUAAUCUGGACCAGCUCUCAUCAGUGGCACCUCCAGUCAGUGGCACCUCCAGUCAUUGUGUGCCCAACCCUGUUUGUGUGUGUGUGUGUGUGUGUGUGUGUGUGUGUGUGUGUGUGUGUGUGUGUGUGUGUGUGUGUGUGUGUGUGUGUGUGUGUGUGUUCCUCGUCCUGCCACGCCCGAAUAAAGAUCAACCAGUAGUCAGUGUCGUUAACUGAGAGCUCUGCUUGACAAAGCAUGCAUGCCACACAGCUCAUCCACUCCACUUCAGUGCAGCUCAAACCUGCCGAACUAACCAGCCGUUAUCAAGAUAGACUAAGAUCACCUGAAUCAGUUGAGGCUGCUGAGGCGAGGACGGCUCAUAAUAAUGGCUGAAAUAGACUGUAAUGGAUAGAAUAGAAUUGUAUCAAACACAUGAAAACCAUGUUUUUGAUACCAUUCCAUUUACUCCAUUCCAGCCGUUAUUAUGAGCCGUUCUCCCCUCACCAGCCUCCACUGAAUCUGAUGUGCAAAUCCCUUAUGGUACACCCAGCUGUCCCGCAUUCUGUGUAGAAGCCUUUGUAGGCUAAACGGGACAUUCAUGAGAACAAACUCUUGGACAGAGGACUGUGUUCCUGUCCUCAAAGUGAUGGACAUGGACAAAUGAUCUGUCCAUGACGGUCAGUGCUGGCUGAGCCCCUUCUAUCCUACAACCUAAGUGCUUACCUAACCCUGCAUUGUUGUAGUGAUAAUUAACUGUUUCGAUACAUGCUGACAUCUUGUGGUUUUUGAACUUUUUUUCCCCCAUUGUGAUGUUAAAAUACCAACAGGGUUGUGUUGGAUUGAAUAUUUCAAAACAACAUGUGUAAUGACUGUUAACUGAUUAUAUAUAUUUUUGUCAAUGAAUGCAGAAGAACACAGUAUUAUUAUGAUAGUACUUUCAUAGUAUCUCCCCAUUUCUCUCUAACAAUGCAUACUCUUCUGCAAACAGAUAUUGCAGGCAUGUACAUAGGUCUACCGUUGGUGUAAGCAGUAUUACUGGAUGCUAUUUAUAGUGCCCUCAUUGCACAUACCGAUAUAUUUUCAUUUUAUCCAAGUUAAACUGAUGUAUAUGAUGUAUAUUCUACCCUUUGUCAUUGCACCUGGGCUAAAACUGAAUACAAUGUCUGUUCAAAUGUUAAAUGGUAUAAUGAGAUUAUGUUAGAGGUUGAGAGUUCAGUAAAGACUCCUUAAUUGAUGUAUUUGUUGUUGUUAAUUUGUACAUACUGUAUAUAAAUAAAUAUCCAGUGUGAACGAUUGUA